AUGGCCGAAUUGGCUGGGACCGCUGGUCGCAUCCAGGUGGGUGUUCGCAUGUGUCCUCCGCGGCAGGGCGAAAAGGUAAUUGUACAUGCUGAUUCAGAUGAUCAGCGAGCUGUUUUGAUUGAUGCCGAAGGGGGACGCGCUUCUACCAUGUUUAAAUUUGAUCGUGUGUUUACUGGGGGUCAGGACGAGGUAUAUGAGACGAUUGGGCGGCCAAUGUUGAAGGAGGCGUUUGAAGGAUUUAAUGUCUGUCUUUUUGCUUACGGCCAGACAGGAAGCGGAAAGACACAUAGCCUUUUUGGUGACCUGAACAGCAAAGAAGGCUAUGGUGUGGCUCCACGCUUUGCGCAGGACAUGAUUGAGGAGGCUCAGCUCCGUGUGGAAUCGGACAGUGCCGCGACAAUCAAGUUUUUUGUGACGAUGAUUGAGGUUUAUAUGGAGAAGGUCCGUGAUCUCCUCGCUCCCCGGGCACGAGGGCAGGAGCCGGAGUCGCUUGAGAUUCACGAGGAUAGUCAGCAUCGCGUUUAUGUGAAGGGGGCGGGCGUGCACUCUGUGCUUAGUCUGGAGCGAAUGUUAGAGCUGCUCAAGAAGGGCAACGCAAAUCGUCAAACAGGUGAGACGAAGAUGAACGAGACAAGCUCGCGUUCUCACGCCAUCGUUCAAAUUACCAUCUCUCAGAAGUAUGGGUCUUUGGAUAUGCGGGAUGUAGAAAGUGUUGUUUUGUUGGUGGAUUUAGCUGGAAGUGAGCGCCAGAGCAAGACGGAAUCUACUGGGGUUGCGUUUGAGGAGGCGAAGAAGAUUAACCAGUCUCUUUUGAUGUUGGGCCGGGCGAUGAACUCGUUCAGUGACCGUAAGGGAGGAGAUGCUUUUAUUUCUUUGCGCGCUUCGAAGCUAACUCGGCUGUUGUCGGAGAGCUUUGGUGGCAACAGCAAGACAUGGAUGCUCGCAACCGUGUCGACCGCGGCAAACAAUUUGACAGAGACCAUCUCCACCUUGGAAUACGCCCAGAACGCCAUGGCCAUCACUAAUAAGGCCAAGGUAAAUGACACCAAGAAGAAUAUUGAGCUGAAGCGACUUAGGGAGCUUGUUGCAUCUUUAGAGGGCAGGUUGGAUGUUCUUGCGCUAGAAAAGCAAAGAAAGCAAGAAGAAAUUGGACGUUUGACCCAGGAGCGGGAUAAACUGAGGCAGGAAGUUGCAUUUGCUGAUAGUGUUCACGACGCGAGGGAUAAACUGGAGUUGGCGCUUAACAACAUUCGUCUGAGUAACAUUGCUCUUCGAAGAAGGGUGGAGGCUGCCUCAGAAGGUUUCAUCCAUUCUCUUGACAAUAAGUCGUGCUUUCUUUUUUUCAAAGGUCGUUGCAGCAUUACAUUAGAGAGUGUGCUGCGUGGACAGCGACGUUCUUUUUAUAUUGGUUUGUUGACGGAGAGUGGCGUGCUUACCGAGGCUACGCUUCACAUUCAAUUAUUCCCGUGUGAGCAUCACGCCAAUGAGCGAAAUGAUCCAAUGCAAUUCAUCGGGAAGAGUUUACGCUUUUGUCUUCACGUUGUGGGAGCGUCAGGCAUCCCUAAAGCUUUUGUUGCACAUACUUUUUGUAAAUUCACUCUUUUGCAUGAUCGUGAAGAACGCUACUUUACGACAUCGACAGCGGAGAAUACGCAGAACCCUCGCUGGGGUUAUGUGAAGGUUUUUGAGAUUCCCGAAUUGACUGCUGAAGUUAUACGUUGUUUUUGCGAGCACACUGUGUUUGCAUUUGAAGUUUUUGCAUUUAAUGCGUGA